AUGAUAAACAAGGAAUUAUAUGGUGCUUGCUUGCUUCUUACGCUUCCAGAAGAUGUGUUUGUUUGUUAUCUCUCAUUUCUUUCUCCAAGCGACCUUUGCAAUCUAUAGUCUGUGCUGCAAAGGUCUUGGCUUGUCCAAUGUGAAGUAGUAAAGGUGGUGAAGUCUCUUGUUGGGAUUUGGGUUCAGCAAAACAAGAGGUUUGGUUACGUGAUGGCUGGUUUCUUCUCUGCUGUACUUGUAGGAUGCCAGUUAAUGCGCACAAGAGAGGUGGAGACUGUUGGGAUGCAAUCCAAGUCCCACAUCUGA